GCUCGUCCGCGAUCGGCACGAUGGCGACCAUAGCCGCGAGCGUGACGCUCCUGACCUUGGUCACCGUCUCUCAAGCUGCUCUGGCCAGGACGGCGUUCGAGAAGCUGACGGACUACGAUUACCGCGGAACGACUUAUUACAGCGUGAGGAACCUGUCGUUGUACGAGUGCCAGGGAUGGUGCAGGGAGGAAGCGGAGUGUCAGGCAGCGGCGUUCUCGUUCGUGGUGAAUCCUUUGGCGCCUAUGCAGGACACCCUCUGCCAGCUCCAGAACGAGACAGCGGCCACGAAUCCUGCUGCGCAGCCACAGAGGGCCGCGAACAUGUACUACAUGACGAAGCUUCAGAUCAGAUCGGAGAACGUUUGCCUGCGUCCGUGGUCCUUCGAGCGGGUCCCGAACAAGAUGAUCCGUGGCCUGGACAACGCGUUGAUUUACACGUCGACGAAGGAGGCCUGUCUCGCUGCUUGUCUGAACGAGCACCGUUUCACCUGCCGUUCCGUCGAGUACAAUUACGUAACCCUGCAGUGUCACCUGAGCGACUCUGAUCGAAGAACCACCGGCCAGUACGUGCAGUUCGUGGACGCCCAGGGCGUCGAUUACUUCGAAAAUCUCUGUCUGAAAGGAAAAGAGGCGUGCAAGUCUCAGAGGAUCUUCCAGAUGCCUAGGAUCGGCGUGGCUGAUGACAAGGUUGCGCAAUACGCGGGUUUGCACUACUACACCGACAAGGAGCUCCAGGUUCAGAGCGAGUCAGCGUGCAGAUUGGCCUGCGAGAUCGAGAACGAGUUCCUCUGCAGAUCCUUCCUCUAUCGCGGCGCCCCUCAGGGAUCGGCUUACAACUGCCAGCUGUUCCACCUGGAUCACUGGACUCUCCCCGACGGGCCCUCCACGUACCUAAACGCCGAACGUCCUUUGAUCGACAACGGGGAGCGGGUUGGAACUUACUUCGAGAACUACUGCGAAAAGGGUUCGGGGCCCAUCGCCGAUCCGCUUCCGAUCGUCUUCGAGACUACUGAGGACUCCACGAUCAACAACCUCACGAGAAACGACAUCAAUUGCGACAAGACCGGCACCUGCUACGAUGUGUCUGUGGACUGCAAGGACACGCGUAUCGCGGUUCAGGUACGCACGAACAAGCCCUUCAAUGGCCGGAUCUACGCCCUCGGGCGAUCGGAGACCUGCAACAUCGACGUGAUCAACAGCGAUCUCUUCAGGCUCGAUCUGACCAUGAGCGGGCAGGACUGCAACACUCAGAGCGUGACUGGGAUCUACUCGAACACCGUCGUCCUGCAGCACCAUUCCGUGGUGAUGACCAAGGCCGACAAGAUCUACAAGGUGAAGUGCACCUACGACAUGUCCUCCAAGAACAUCACCUUUGGGAUGAUGCCGAUCAGGGACCCGGAAAUGAUCAGCAUCACCAGCGCGCCGGAAGCCCCUCCUCCGAGGAUCCGCAUCCUCGACAGCAGGUCCAGGGAGGUCGAGACUGUACGCAUCGGAGACAAGCUCACCUUCAGAAUCGAAAUCCCGGAAGACACUCCUUAUGGCAUCUUCGCUCGCAGCUGCGUGGCCAUGGCAAAGGACUCGAAGAGCACGUUCCAGAUCAUCGACGACGAAGGAUGCCCGGUCGAUCCAUCGAUCUUCCCCAGCUUCACGCCAGACGGAAACGCUCUGCAGUCUGUGUACGAGGCGUUCAGAUUCACCGAAUCCUACGGGGUGAUCUUCCAGUGCAACGUUAAAUACUGUCUGGGACCUUGCGAGCCGGCUGUAUGCGAAUGGGGUCGCGAAUCCGUGGAGUCGUGGGGCAAGAGGCGUCGAAGGAGCCUCGCGAACGCCACGGAGGAGAAGUCGGAGGACAUGACGCUGUCGCAGGAGAUCCUGGUCCUCGACUUUGGCGACGAGAAGCAGUCGGAGUUCUUGAAGAGCGACGCGAGCAUAGACUUCAACGAAGCAGACAAAACGGUGACCAUAGUGGAGCCCUGUCCGACCAAGACUUCGGUGCUGGUGUUGGGCGUGACGUGCGCCCUGCUGGUUCUGAUCUACAUCUCCACGAUCUUUUGCUACUACAUGAAGAAGUGGCUGUCGCCUCGUAAAAUGAUGCCGUGAAACCUCGGCUCGGGUACCUCGGGGACGGGUGGUGGGAGGAGGAGGGGGAGGAGCGCGAUGGAAAAGAACCUCCGUGUAAAGUGCUAAUUCGCCGACUCGCGUGACGCUUUUGUACGCGUUGCGAGACCACUCGCGUUAACCGACCGACCCGGGGAAACACACGCGUUCGCGUGGAAAAAUCGCAGGACCCGGUUCCCGGUGGAUUUUUCCGCGCGAACGACCUCGCGCGUUCUGCCCCUUCGAACGCAACGAUUUCGGGUUGGGUAAUCGUCGCGUUUCGAAACGCGUGCAACGCGCGUAGCAAUUCGUUCGUUAAAUUUUUACAAGGAGAGAAAAGAAAUACGGAAAAAACGGCGCACGUUUUGGGUAAGUCGCAAGAGUCGCUUGUGCAACGCUCUCGAGGAGACGUGUUUUCAUCGAUGAUAUUAAAGACGGCACUCAUUAUAGAACACUUUAAAUAUAAUUUCACGCGGACAUGCGACCAUCAAUGGUCGCGGGUGAUCACGAGGCUUGCUUGAUUGAGCAACGCCUCGCGACGGGGGAAAUAGUUUUAAAACGCGUUUACGGCCGAGGAUCGACCACGUGGAAGGUGGAUAAAUGGUUAAUGCACACGGUCGGUUUCAGAUAAUCUUUUACAGGACGGAGCUCUACGCUUUACGCAUUUCUACGUCCGAUUCAUUCCAUUCCUUUAUACAUAAUAUUUAUCGCGCAUAUCGGAUCUUAUAGAUCGCAUAAUGGGACGAAGAUCGCAGGGAUCUUGCGUGCAAUAUUUCGUGGCGAGUCGAGGAACACGAGUCUUCGCGAGGACGACAGGAAACGAUCGAAGGCUUGACGCGUGAUCGUUCGUCGUCCGGCCGAACGAGAGAAUUUGUUCCUCGAUCCGCGGAUUAUUAAGUUCUUGUCUCCACAAGACGACCAGGGACACCCUGACGACAAACGUUGUAAUAAGUACACUUUAUUUAAGGUCAUCUUAGACACAGCUAACCGUCUUAUCCCUCAAGGGCUAUUUCUGAUCGGGUUGCAAAGAGUAUUUAGCAAACCGACGACUUCGCGGUGAACGGGGAACGCACGACACGGCCCUGGCCACCUUUUCGUUUCACGGAAAUCGACUUGUAACCCGUAUCAAGACUAGCGAUAUUUAAAGGUUCACGCUUCACUAACGUCUCUAACGAUACAACGUAGCGUUUAAGGUAGGAACUAAGCGGAGCAUGUAAGCAUAGAUAAAAGGAGAACGACGGGAACGAGCGAAA